AUGGACGAUCCCAAGCUGUUGAAUGACGUCUUGGGGAUCGUCAAGGUCCAGACUGUGCAACUGAAACGAUGCCUGGAGUCCGAUCAGAUUAUGGAAGCUCUGAAGGCGGCUUCGUCCAUGUUGGCGGAAUUGAGAACGUCGAGUCUUGGACCCAAGCAAUACUACGAGCUAUACAUGUCUGUAUUCGACAGCUUGAGGCAUCUCAGUAACUAUCUUUACGAAGCGCAUACCGAAGGGAAACAUCACCUCGCAGAUCUGUACGAGCUUGUUCAAUAUGCUGGAAAUGUUGUCCCUCGACUGUAUCUCAUGAUCACUGUUGGAUCCGUGUACAUGUCUAUACCUGAUGCACCCGUCAAAGAGAUCAUGAAGGACAUGUUGGAGAUGUCUAGAGGAGUUCAACAUCCCACGAGGGGCCUGUUCUUGAGACAUUAUCUUAGUGGACAGACAAGGGAUUUUCUGCCAGUCGGGACCAGCGAUGGACCCGGAGGCAACCUUCAAGACUCUAUCGGCUUUGUCCUGACCAACUUUAUCGAGAUGAACAAGCUUUGGGUUCGACUACAACACCAGGGUCAUUCUCGAGAGCGAGAGCGUAGAGAGAUGGAACGGAAGGAUCUACGCAUUCUGGUCGGAACGAAUCUCGUUCGACUCUCCCAAUUGGAAGGUGUAGACCUCGACAUGUACACUCAGAACAUCCUCCCAUCCGUCUUGGAGCAAGUCGUCAAUUGCAAAGAUGUUAUAGCUCAAGAAUACCUCAUGGAAGUCGUCAUUCAGGUCUUCACGGAUGACUUCCAUCUUCAUACCCUGGGUCCCUUCCUCAGCGCAUGUGCCAACCUCCACCCUCGCGUCAACAUCAAGAACAUUGUCAUUGCUCUGAUCGAUCGACUGGCGGCAUAUGCCGCGAGAGAAGCGGAGAAUGAGGACCCAGAGGAGAAAAAGAGGCAAGAGGAAGAAGCCGCGAAGAGGCUAGCGGAACGAGUGAAAGGUGCCAGAGGAAAAGGCAAAAGCGUGGAUCAUGGCGAAAAGUCACCGACUACCCCUGCGCCAGCCGAAGCAUCCGAGUGGGCCGAAGCGGCACCAAUAAUCGAAGCUGUCUCUUCCCCUACAUCACCUAAGAAGGAAAAUGGAGAAGCGAAGCCAGAAAUUGAGAAAGAAUCAGCACCAGCCGAGCCGGCCGCCCCUCAGAUCGGCGUCAAAAAAUUCAGAGGUAUUCCGGAGGAUGUCAAGCUGUUUGAAGUAUUCUGGGCGCAGGUCGUCCAGCUUAUCAAGGCGCGGCCAGAUCUGUCCAUCCAGGAUAUCACUGCACUUUGCGUUUCCCUUAUCAACCUCUCCCUCAGCUGCUAUCCUGAUCGAUUGGAAUAUGUUGACCAGAUCCUCGCCUUUGCCCAUAGCAAAGUACAGGAGUUUGCCGAAAACCCCGAUAUCCACUCGCCUCAGACGACUGCGAAUCUCCUCGCACUUCUGCUUGCACCUAUCACUUCGUAUCUUUCCGUCCUGACCCUGAUCGCCAUCCCAGCCUACACGCCCCUCCUUUCCAUGCAGCCAUACAAUACUCGUCUCUCCAUAGGCCAAGCUGUGGUGUCUUCCGUCCUGAAGAACAACACCAUCAUCGAUACUCCAGAAGACGUCACUGGUGUCCUUGGACUUUGUGCGGUCCUGGUCCGAGACACCAAGGAGACAGCUGCGACUCGAAAGAGUCAGGUGGAUCUACGUGAAUUGGCAGAGGAGCAAGGAUGGGUCGCGAGGAUGGUGCACCUGUUCCGCUCUGAGAAUCUGGCCACACAGUUUGAACUUCUCCAAACGGCCCGUAGACAUUUUGCGGAAGGAGGAGAUCGUAUUCGAUAUACUUUUCCCCCGCUCAUUGCAUCUGCCAUUCAGCUCGCUCGACGGUUUAAGAGGAGAGAGCAAGAGGAGGAGGAUUGGGAGUCGCGCUUAUCCACUUUAUUCAAAUUCAUCCAUCAAGUCAUUUCACUUCUCUACCACAAGGUCGAGGCACCAGAUACUUGUCUCCAUCUGUUUCUUCUCGCUGCUCAAGUCGCCGAUGAUUGUCGACUCGAGGAGUUGACGUACGAAUUCUUCGUCCAGGCUUUCGUCAUUUAUGAAGAGUCCAUCUCCGAAUCCAGAGCUCAGUUGUCCGCCAUCACCGGUAUCAUCAGUGGACUUCAAGGGACUCGAGUGUUUGGGAAUGACAACUACGACACGUUGAUCACCAAGGCGGCGUUGCACGGAAGUAAGCUGCUCAAGAAAAGUCACCAGGCGACGGCGGUCUUGUACGCUAGUCACAUGUGGUGGCAGGACGCAGUACCAGGGAGACCAAAGGAUGACAGGACCCCUUACCGCGAUGGCAAACGAGUUCUCGAAUGCCUGCAAAAGUCCCUCCGGAUUGCCUCCUCCUCGAUCGAUGAGCUCACAUCUGUUCAACUAUACGUCGACGCCUUGGAUCGCUAUAUAUACUACUUUGAACAAGGGGUCGAAGCUGUCACUCCGAAAUACAUCAACUCCCUUGUCGAGCUCAUCACGAGCAACAUUGACAGUAUACAUACUAGCGACGUGCACUCUAGUCUGGGUGCACCUGGAUUAGUCGAUGGCGUCAACUCCCCAGAUAUGAUUGUCAAGCAUUUCCGAAACACACUGCUUUAUAUUCAGACAAAGCAGCGCCAGGCCUCUGAACGAGCAGCUGGCGGAUUCUCAGCCACUCCUGAGGAAGGUCAAGAGACUACACCCAAGCCUGAUUGGGAUAGCGUGGACGUCGUCGGUGGAAGUCUGAAGAUGGGUAUAGAGACAUGA